AUGAUAAAGCAAAAGAGGUCGUACACGUGUAUCAAUAACGAAGGCGAAAUGAGCAACCACAGCGAUGAGGAAGGCCCAUUUAAGAGGCCCCGAAAUAAAAGUGACAGUAGCAGUAGGUCCUUCGGAAGUUGCAACGAUGACGAAAUGGAAAACUAUGAAAGAAUAAGCUACUCUGCUAGUGGCACCACCACAGAAAUGAGAAUCCCAUAUUGUAUUCUCCUACCAAAUAGGGCAAUCGGGUUUGUCAUUGGUAAGUCAGGAAACAAUGUACGUGAAAUAGAAAAGGCCUGCGGAGCGGUCAUAAAAUGCCAAAAGGAAUUUGACAUCUCAGUCUAUCCGCCUCCGUCGGAAAAUACCGUGACCAUCUAUGGGAAAAAGGAAAAUAAAAAAAAAGCAUUAGAACUGGUUUUAGGGAAGUCCAAAACGGUUAUGGAUUUCCAUGAAGAGGAUGGAAAAGAGUCCAUCGUCAUUAUCGUACCUACUAGAUCUAUCCCAAUAAUCAUCGGACAGAAGGGCUCCAAAAUUGCUGCUCUAUCUGAAAAGUCAGGCUGCGAAAUUAAUGUACAUAAGGAUGAUGUUCCAGGGAUUAAGGAUAAGGCCAUCUUUAUUAAGUCAAAAAAACUUGGAAAAAUAAUUGACUGCAUAGCCAUAAUAUACGAUUUGCUAGAGGACGUUGUCGAUAAUGGUAUUCUUUCCUUGUCUGAGUUUCCUGGGGUUCCCAAAAAUGGCCCCUUCAUCCCUGCCAUGGAUGGUGGGGGUGGCGGUGCGGUCCCCGAUGCCCCAGGCGGGAUGGGCAUGGGUGGCGGCCAGAUGAACAGCAUGACGAAUAACUACGUGAGUGCAGGCGGCGGCGGCGGAGGGCCCAACAGCAACUUCCAUCAGGGAGGUCAAAACAAUUACUUUAACCACGGAGGGAAAUAUAACAUGAAAAAGAACGACAAUAGUAACUCCUUCGAUCGUAUGAACGGAGACGAUUGCGACAACUUCUCUGUUCCCAAAGAGAGGAAUCUAUUGUUGCACAAAUACGGAAAGGAAGUGAGCGGCUGUGUGAUUCGCUUCGUUCUAGACGUAGAGACCACUGCGUGGAUAAUCGGCAAGGCAGGGUGUCACAUAAAGGAAAUAAGAACCAUAACAGGAGCGGGUGCAGUAAUAGUAGACGCCCCCGACAACAUAGAGAAUGUGAAAACGUGUGAUCGAAUCUUAACCCUAUCCGGCUCCGCGGAAAGUAAAUUUAAUGCACUCAAAUUAAUCGUCAGACAAAUGGAAGAAAGGGAGAAAAAUAUAAACCAUCCAAUGCGUAUGCUAGUCCCAGGAAAGGCAGCUAGCUUCCUAAUCGGUAGAAAGGGAUCCAUUAUAAAGUACAUAACGGACAUGUCCGGUUCUCAAAUACAGGUAGCUAAAAAUAAAGAAAGUGAAAAUGAGAAGCUAGUCCUGAUUAGCGGUUCUCCCGAUUCUAAGAUAUUGGCCUCCAUUUUAGUCUUGCAAAAAUUAGAAGAAUACGAAAAUCCGGCCAUCGUUAGGGAAGGAUUGCUCAUCCCUCUGAAUGAUGUCUUCUUGGGCGUGAGCACGAACAAGUAUGCCAACGUGAAAAAGGGAAACAACAAUAUUAGCGGCAACAACAACGUUAGCAGCAACACCAACGGUUACAGCAACAGCGGGAUGAGUAAUCACAACAAGCCAAUGCAUAACCACCACCAGACGAAUAUGAACAACGACAAGUACCAUUCUCCUAACCCCAUGCCCAACAAUCAUUACGGAAGGGGUCCUUCCCCCCACGGGAUUAACGGCAGCGGCUACGGUGCGGGUGGAAAUCACCCCGAUCACCAUCGCGCGAGCCAUCAUCAUCCGAAUGGGUACGACGACGGAAGCCACAGCCCUGUGAAUAAUAACUACCCUUACGACGACAACAACAUGCAGAGUCAUUACAGUAGUCACCAUGCGGACGUGAAUAACCACCCUAACUCAGUUAAGAACCCAAAUGAUAUGAAAGAUAAGGUGGAGAAAAUGUUCCUCCAAAAAUUAUACAAAUCGUUCCCCAUCUCUUCCCUCCCCAAGAUUCUAUCUGUCACGCAACCGUACACUAUCGAACUGAACAUGCCCGAUGUGUACUUGGAGACAUUCGACUCGCAGAAUAAAAAUGGGAAAUCUUUAAUUGAAGAAAUCAUUGAGAAGUCCGGCUGUAACAUCUCCAUCUGUACCGACUCCAACGACUCCUCUUCUUACACCUUCAUCCUCUCCAUCACGGGUUCCCCUCUCGCCAACGCCAUUGCCAUCCUCAUGAUUCAGGCCAAAAUAUUUCAGUUCGACUGGUUCUGA